AUGGACAAGCAGUGGUUUCCUGCAGCAGGAAUUCUCUUGGCCACCUUCCUGGUAGUCUCGGCUUCUACCCUGGCCCUUCUUUCUACGCAUGAAGACCUUAAGGAACUUCCUUCAGCCCCUGGCAUAUCUGCUCAGCAAAGUAGCAGCAUCCUGAACAUCCUAACAGAACCUAUUGGCGGCAUUAUCUCAGUUGAGAAGAAUUCAGAGGCCCUGGAGAAGAGGGCAGGAGCCCUUUCUAAAGGGGCAGCAGGAGGCCAGGAGGCCCCCUCAAUGUCUGGCCCCUUAGGAAGUACCAGGCCCUCAGAGAGAGGCAUACCCAGCCCAAUCCCCUCAGUACUGACCACAUCUGCAGUCCAUAGAACUGCUGAUUCUCAGCCAGUGUCCUCUGUGGCUGACCCUGUAGAGGAAAACAUGGCCUCUGGAGCUCUAGAAACAAUUGCUAUGUCAUUGCCACAGCCUUCUCCCACACAUGGAUCUGAGAAGAAGUUCAGCAAGGUUCCCAAGUUGUCUUGGAUAGUUCCUGCCUCUGCAUCGCUGGAGACAAGCGUUGCACCUAAGUCAACAUGCCAUCCAGUCAGAGUGUUCCCUUUCCCCAUAUUUUCUAGAACUCCAUGCCUGUUCCAGAACACCUUCAGUCCCACUGCGUGGAGGAAAGGCCACUCCAGGCCAGAGGCAACCCCAUCUGAGGCUCCCAGGAGCUCCUCAGGACUGCCUAACUUUCCAAGGAUGCCUAACACACUGAAAGCCACAGAGCUCCGGCUGCCUGCAUCUUCAGGAGCAUCCCGGCUGGGCCUGCCCUCCCAAGCCUUUACAGUGGGCUCUGGGUCAGCUGAAAACACUGUAGCUUUGGCCACAGACUCAGUAUCCAGUGGUGCUUCUGUGCUGCUAUUGCCCUCAGCAAUGUCACCUUCACAUCCAUCUUCCCCCUGCUCCUCACCCUCCUCACCUUCAUCCCCACCGCCUGCAUCUCUGCCAUUCUUCCCAUCACCAUCCUCAAUCCCGGCCCCAAUUUCCUCUGUCACCAGGGACCCUCCCAAAUCUUCUGUGUCUGUGACUGCACCCUCCACUACAGACUCUUCCACUAAAACCUCAAACCUUGCACCCCUACAACCCAGCCACCCUGGGCCAUGGGUUCCUACCAGCCCGAUCCACCUGCUCACCUUCUCCCUCACCCCCCGUAGCUCUGGCUCCACAAAGUUAUCUGAAGGUGCUGCUGCUUCCCUCUCCCCUACCCUGCCUCACCCUGGCCAAGAUGUGUCUUUGCAGGACUUGAGUUUCUCCACUCCAGGACCUAGUCAUGUGAUUCACUCUGUGACCUUCAGGAUCAACAGUGACCGCUUCACCACAGCUGACUGGAACCUGGUGGCCCUGAAGCGCCAGAUGUUGGAGAGGUUUAUCUGCUACCAGCUCCAGCUUAUCUAUGAUGAGGCCUUCUCCAGCUUCAAGAAUGUCAGCGCCCUGCUGUUUCGGCCUGAUUCUACCGAAGUGCAGGCCUCCCUCGUGUUUGGUCAGCCGGAUCCCAGAGCCCUAGAAAUUCUCUGGACUUUAUACCGCAAAGUGAAGGCCUCCAGGUGGUUGCUUGGGCACCUGUCCCUGACUGACAACAGCCUCUCCUCUGAUGGGUACAACAUAACAGACCUCUCCCGGGAAACUGUCAGCAUCAGCUUCACCCUCAUGAGGCCCUUCCUGCCCCAGCUGCUUCUGCCGAGUUCUCAAGCUUUUAUCCUGUUGGAGAAGCAGGUCCUCCCACUGGUCACCCCUGAGGUGUCAAGAUUCUACAAGGCUGAUCCCCAGGACCAGCCCCUCCUCCUGUUCAGCAACGUGAACGAGUGGGUGAGCAUUUACAUGGAAUACAAGUUCAAGAGCCCCGUCCCCACCCACCUCCAAGGCCUCGCUAGUUACUUAGCCCAUCACAUAACAGACCCCACCCUCCAGAAAUCCAGCAUGGUGGCCAAUGGCAAGAAGGCAGAGCUGGCACUUUAUGAGACAUGGCUCCUGAUCCUGGAUCACCCCUUCAUCAAGGCCUUGGACAACAAGACUAGUUCUGAGUCCCAGGAGCUUCGUGGCCUGCUGACAAAAUGGCUGACCUCAGUCCUCCAGCCGCUGCAGAACUUUGGUCAAGUCGUGGUGGAAGAAUUCCAGCAGGAGCCACUGGCUGCCAAAGUGCAAGCUGCCUUCUUUGGAGCUGCACCUGCCCAGGCCAUCAUUCAAGACUGCAUACACCAAGCCCUGAGUUUCCUGCAGGAAGCAGAGGGUCUCCAGUUCGAGAUGUUCAUCCCAGUCCUUGGCAUACCCAGCUCCAGGGCCUCCAGAGGCCCCAGCCGUGGCUUCAUGCCGAGCCUCCAGCUCAUUACCUCUCUCCUGGUCCUGGUGAGUCUGGCCAGGCAAGGGCUCCUUCCGGAGAAACAGGUUGAGCCUUUGAGACCUUAACUCAAAGGGUCAGCAGCCUGCUAUCCACCCGAAUCUGAGUUCUCUUCCACGCCAGCUAGAGUGACAUGCUUUCCACCGGGGGCUUAGGUUUGACCCCAUGACUGCGCCUCCAUAGUUCAGACUGGAGGACUGAAGCCACACCACAGCAGUGGCUGUGCCACACAAGUGUGGAGGCUCUGCUUCUGCCAGGCAAGCAGACGCUGGUCACCCUGGCUGGCCUCCGCAUGAUCUCCUAACCUUCUCCAUUCACAUGACGGGGUCUACCUGCCCUGCCUUGGGCAGAAGCCAAGGGGUGAUCAGGAUGACUCCUUCCAGAAGCCACUUGAGCUCUGGGCAUGGGCGAGGGUGACAAAAGCCGAGCUUUGUCCACAAGGGGAGAACUGGGGCAGAGCAUGAAGAUGUGUCAAGCGGUAAGGAUGCUGUCAGUGAGCACCCCUGGCCCUAGACCAGGUCCCAGAUACUGCCAACUCGAUUCCUGCCUGCCCUCCACCAUGGCCCAAGGCCAGCAAGGAGGGGGAAGGCAGCACCAACCAGCAAUUAUUUGAGUGACAGUUCUCUCACCAUGUAGCCCAGACUGGCCUUUACUGCAUAGCCCACACUGGCCUCAGGUUUGCAGUGGGACUCCUGCCUAAGCUCCAACAGUAGGAAUACAGACAGACAUGUACUACCAUGCUCCACUUUCUUUCCAGACUCCUGGCUUUUGUCUCUUUUCUAUAUCCCCAGGUGGCCCUUGGAACUGCUCCCCACCUCACCAAGAAGCAAACCCCAUACCUCUCCUAAGUCACCUCAUCUCACUUCACCUCACCUAGGGCUUCCAGACAGUACCUCAACCCUGAAGAGCCAAGUUGCAGGAGGCCAGAGCAGGAAGGACAAGCCUGGGACUGACUCUCCUCAAGCUCCCGCCGCACCCCCUUUACCCUGCAUAAAACUGGGGAAAACACUCGCUCCUGUUGCAAAGCCAGUCCAUUUGGGGCUUCACAUCCCCUUAGCUCCCACCUCUCCAGGAGGUGAGCAAUGGUUUCCUUCACAUAAGGCCAAGCCCACAGGCUCCCUACACACAGGUGCGUUAGGACAAAAGGAGUCAAGUUCCAUAGGACGUUCUGUCAGGGCCUGCUGCCACCACACACUACCCAUGAAAUGGGGACCACACUUAGGAAGAUGAGAGACCAAGAGCCAAUGCGUAUACACAGAGCACGCAGGGCUAAAGUCGGGGCGAGUUUCCAUGCUCAUGGACACUGAACCCCUAUGGUGGUCAUCACAGCUUUGCCCAAGGAUUUGUGUCCAGGCUACACAAGGAGCCCCAUCUGCCUGCCAACCUCAGCGUGGCUCAGACACCCUGGUCAGUCAGAAAGGAGACUCUAACGCCCUAGCUGCUGAAUAAUGAGGACCCUAAAAGGCGGCAAUGUCGGUGUUUGGAGGUGACAGCCAGGAAAGAAGCCCAAAAAGCAUGCAAGACAAGAGUUGGAAAAAACAAAACAAAAACAAAAACCAGUACUUGCUGGCUGGGUGCCUGGAGUAUGCACCUCAGCGGAGGCUGACAGGCGGGGCUGGAAGCACUCCUCCAUUUCCAGCAGGGGGAACCCAAGAGACACUCAAGCCACCCUCCCUGCUGCUUUGGGAGGCUGACAGUGAUCCAGCCCAACCCUCCUUAGCAAACCAGGGAAGGCAGAGCAGGUUAGCAAAGACAAAAUCUCCACCACUACCGUCUUCCUGUUUGCCCUGGAACCACAACUCGGGAGAAAACUGCUCCUCCACUCACCUUGCCAACCCUGCUUGUCAGCAGAACGGCCUGCUGAGGCCCCCUGCCGCUUCUCUUGGGCUUUAAUGCCAGGUUUCUCCAUGCCAGUUUCAAGGACUUGAGCACCCUCCUGGCAUUAGCCCGGUCAGGUGAUGUGCUAGGGUUUAGCCCCUAUCUCCUAAGGUAGAGUUGCUCAGGCAGGCCUGGGACAGGCCCUGGAGACCUGAGCAGGAGGCGGAGGGUCCCCACCAGCACACAAGUCCAGAGCUGACUCGAG